AUGAUGGAUCCGUAUGUGCUCGGUUGGAUUAUAUCCUCCGUUUUGAGUCUCUGCGCGCUGUACAGUUUGGUUUUCUCCGGAAAGAGCCGUCGCGCUUCGCCGGAGAAGGAGACUCCGUGCUCGGAAAACGUAACUACUACCGCCGGAGAAUGCAGAUCGGCGAGUAACGGUGACGCGGACGUCAUCAUUGUCGGAGCCGGUGUCGCUGGCUCCGCUCUGGCACACACUCUCGGCAAGGAUGGACGUCGAGUACAUGUCAUUGAAAGAGAUCUCACUGAGCCUGACCGAAUUGUUGGAGAGUUACUACAGCCUGGGGGCUAUCUCAAAUUAAUUGAGCUGGGACUUGAAGAUUGCGUUGAGAAAAUUGAUGCUCAGCAAGUGUUUGGUUAUGCUCUUUUCAAAGAUGGGAAACAUACCCGUCUCUCUUAUCCCUUGGAGAAGUUUCACUCAGAUGUCUCUGGCAGAAGCUUUCACAAUGGGCGUUUUAUUCAAAGGAUGCGGGAGAAGACUGCCUCCCUUCCCAAUGUACAACUGGACCAAGGAACAGUCACUUCCCUACUUGAAGAGAAGGGGACAAUUAAAGGUGUGCAAUACAAGACAAAAGAUGGUCAGGAAUUGACCGCAUAUGCUCCUCUUACUAUUGUUUGUGAUGGCUGUUUCUCAAACUUACGUCGUUCUCUUUGUAAUCCUAAGGUAGAAAUUCCCUCUUGUUUUGUUGGCUUAGUUUUAGAGAACUGUAAACUUCCAUGUGCAAAUCAUGGCCACGUCAUACUGGGAGAUCCUUCGCCAAUUCUGUUCUAUCCUAUAAGUAGUACAGAGGUUCGCUGUCUGGUAGACGUACCUGGUCAGAAGGUUCCUUCUAUUUCAAGCGGUGAAAUGGAAAAGUAUUUGAAGACAGCCGUGGCUCCACAGGUUCCCCCUGAGCUUUAUGAUGCGUUUAUAGCUGCAGUGGACAAAGGCAAGAUAAGGACAAUGCCGAACAGGAGCAUGCCAGCAGAUCCUCAUCCUACACCUGGAGCCCUUCUAAUGGGAGAUGCAUUCAACAUGCGGCAUCCACUUACGGGGGGCGGAAUGACUGUAGCAUUGUCUGAUAUUGUGGUGCUGAGAAAUCUUCUCAGGCCUUUGCGUGACCUAAAUGAUGCCCCUACACUUUGCAAAUACCUUGAGUCCUUUUAUACUUUGCGUAAGCCUGUGGCAUCUACCAUAAAUACAUUGGCAGGAGCCCUUUACAAGGUUUUUUGUGCAUCCCCUGAUCCGGCAAAGAAGGAAAUGCGCCAAGCUUGUUUUGAUUAUCUGAGCCUUGGAGGUCUAUUCUCGGAAGGACCAGUAUCUUUACUUUCAGGAUUAAACCCUCGUCCCUUGAGUUUGGUUCUCCAUUUCUUUGCUGUCGCAAUAUAUGGUGUUGGCCGCUUACUAUUACCGUUUCCUUCGCCUAAGCGGAUAUGGGCUGGAGCCCGAUUAAUUUCUGGUGCAUCUGGAAUCAUUUUGCCCAUAAUUAAGGCAGAAGGGAUUCGUCAGAUGUUUUUCCCUGCAACAGUUCCGGCUUAUUACAGAACUCCCCCAGCUGCAGAAAAGUGAGUAUCAGUGAGUACA